UCACCAGGUAUGUAGUUAAGACUCUAAAUUGUCCGGAAAUGCAAAAAAAUGUAGUGCUUCAUUCAAAUUUUAGAAAGAAAUAGCUUAAAAAAGGCAUGACCACCAAGAUGUUUUAAUUAGGGUCGACUACAACUUUACUCCUAGGUUAUUCCAGUUGGCAGAAUUGGUGUUAUUGUUUUGAUGAACUGAGUAAGAUAGCAGAACGGAUAUCUUGAGAUAUAUCUGAUACAUACAAAAGUGUUAUCUGAAAAAACAAAAUAUAUUUGGGAUUAACUGUGAUUGGAUUAAAAUAUCACUAUGGAAACAGAUUGGGUUUGGCAGCGGAGAGAGCCCGAUGAUUUGACACUUGGAUCUCCGAACAAAGAUCGUGAUUCGGCUGACGGAAAAGUUGAUAAAAAGAGUAAGAGUAAAAAGGAAAAGAUUGACAAAAAGGAUAAAGACAAGAAACUUAAAGGUGAGGAUAAAAAACAGAAAAGUGGUGAAAAGAAUCAAAAAAGUGAAGAAAAGAAACAGAAAAAUGAUGAGAAGAAAGUUAAAAAUGAUGACAAGAAAGUAAAAAAUGAUAAGAAAAGCAAAAAGGAUCAAAAUCAUGUUAAUGAAACAGCCACAGAGCAAAAUAACACUAUUACAAACACCAAAAAAUCAAUAAACAAAGAAAGUUCAAAACAGGCAAAGAAAAAGUCUAAAUCAGUCGAACGAGUGAGACAAUAUGAUCAGUCAUUUUUGUCAGUGAGUGAUACAGAGGCAUCGCGGAAGAGUGAUAUUAGUACAAGUUCAACGGAGAGUUUCAGAUCCUCAAAUGUUGACUUGAAAGCAUAUACUGUAUCACAGGCACAGGAUUUAUUCGGGAAACCCAAAAGUCCCAGGUCUACCGAGGAUAUACGUAAUAGUAAGGUAGUAGAAGUACGACGUUGCAAUGGCGAUCUUUAUAGCAACCAAUAUGUUGGGGCCAAACUAGCUAAACUGUCGCCAUAUACAGGCACAUCACCUGGGGAACGAAUAAAAAACAAUAGUAGUUAUAACAGCAACAGUUUGUCAAACUUGAAGUCAAACAACAUGAACCAUGCGAGUCUACCAAAAUCACUGAAUGAUUCCCGUGGUAACCAAAAUGGACACAAUAGAAAUGUAGCUCAAAAUACUAUGGAUGGGACGGGAAAAUAUGAUAAUGUGAACCUAUUACCCGCUGCCAGUGACGGAGCUAUUAGCAGCCCUAAUGAGAAGGUGACACCCACGAAGACCUUCAACAGUGACUUGCUGCUAGCCAAGAAGCCAGGAUCAUCAAUGGACUACCAGUACUAUAUGAAGUACUACCAGACAUUGCCCAGGAGGAAAAAGGUUAAAGAGGUCAGUAUCAUAAUAAAUGUACAUUUGCUCUGCUUUCUAAUUUCUCAGAAGUAUUUAGAAUGUGUCUUCUAGAGAGGGUACUGGAAUAUACUUUUGAAAAGAAUAGAUUGUUAUUACCUGGUAUUACAAGUGAAUAUCUAAUUAUACCAUUUGAUAAUGAGUAGAGACAUGGUACUUCAGACUGGAG